UAUUUUGACAUUCAGUACAUGAUUAUUUUGUAAUUUUGUAGGUUAUGUCACGUUGAUACGGCGAAUCAGUCAAAAUAAAUCUGUUAUAUUAAAAAUAGCAGGAAAAUGGAAGAUAUUGAAGAAUCAGAGUAUGUUGCAGCAGAUCACGAUCUUUUAGUGAGUGCCGUGUCAAAGUUGGAUAAAACUCAGCACAUUACAGAGCCAACGAGAAAUGAGUCCACAAAUAUUGGUUCAGAAUUCAAUCUUUUGAAACGAACAAAUAGACUUAACUUAAACAGUGUAGCUAAAAUAUUAGGGGAUACCGCACAUCAUGUUCAAAUAAGUAAAAAGUUAAAAAAGACUCAGGACAAAUCUAAAGUUCUGAGUAAACCUUUGGAGAAGCCACAAGCUGAGCGCAUAAAGAGAUCGACUGGUUAUGAAGCAACCAAAAAGAAAGUAGGUAGAUGGGACCCUGUCGUAGCACGAAGUCGAACCGUGGAUUACGUAUCAUUCCCUUUAAAAAGUGCAUCAUCCAAACUGGAGCCAACUGGCGAUUUUUUGACCAAACUUACUUUGAAAUCGGAUCUUGAGAAACAAUUGGAUGAAGUAGAUCCGCCUCCAUUCAUUGAGGAAGAGGUAGAAGAAGAGCCGGUAUUCCCAAUGACCUACGAAGAAAUGGUUGAGCACAGGAAACAUAUUGCUAAGAUGCGGGCCCAGCAGUCAUACAAAGCUGCUAAAGCUAAACGACAAAGCAAGAUAAAGAGUAAGAAGUAUCAUCGUGUUCUGAAAAAAGAAAAAUUGAAGCAACAGUUAAAGGAAUUUGAGGAACUUCAAAAGACAGAUCCUGAAGAGGCUUUGAAGAAAUUGGAAUCAUUGGAAAAAGCAAGAGCACUAGAGAGACAUACUCUUAGACACAAGAACACUGGCAAGUGGGCAAAGAAUAAGCUGAUAAGGGCAAAAUAUGAUAAAGAGGUAAGACAGCAACUGGCAGAACAAUUAGCUGUUAGUAGAGGUUUGACCAAGAAAGUGCAAGACAAUGAAAGCUCUGAUGAUGAGGCUGAUGAUGGAGCAAUACCAGAUAUGACACUUUCCCAAGACCCAAUGAAUCCCUGGAUGAUGCAGAGACCAGAUAAAUCUAACGUCAACACAGAGUUUGACUUUGGGUAUAAGAAAUUUGUACAAAAUAAAAUAGGUAAAAAAGAUGACAGUGACACUGAUUCCAAUGACGAGAAUGUAGAUGAUGAGCCUAGUAAUGGAAUAAGUGUAUUGAAAGAUAGUAUAAAUAGAUUGACUAGAAUUGAUGACAGUUCUGAUGAUACUACUGAAGCAGUUGAACAAGAGACAAUAACUGUGAGAGAUAGUGUUAAGCCUUCUCAGAGCUUGACUAGUAAGCCACAAAGAAAAACAGUUGUUACACAAAAAUCACUGAAAAGAGCAAAGAGUUCAGAAGGCAAAUCCAAAAAAAUCAAACCCAUAGCCACUACAAAUUGGGAAGUGGUUGAAGUUGAACCUGUUAAAGUUUCUACACUUAAUGUUUCAGAAGAUAUUACAGAAGUUUUUGAAAAACAUGAGGACUCAAUAGCUCAGAAAGUAGAGAAUAAGUUGAAACAGAUAAGACGUAAUAUUGAAAUGUUGGAAAAGGCUGCUCGCUCCAACAAAAGAGAUACCAAGAAAAUCGAAGAUCGUAAAGAAAAGAGUAAUUUAGAAUAUUUAGAGCUCAAGAAGAAGAAUGUUAAACCUAUUAUUGAUGAAGAACUAAUAGAAACUUCUAGCAAAACUGUUCAGGAUGAUGAUAAAGAUGAUCAGUCUUUAUCCAAAAUUUUAAAUACUGCCCAAGCUCCUUCAGAGCCUUCUGCAGGUUCUUCUACAUCCAACAUAGAUCCUAAUAGAUUUAUUCAAGCCAAGCCAAAAUUUUUGAAUACUGCUUUAUCACAAGGAGACAAUCAAUAUGAUCAAUUAGAUGAUGAUGAUGAACAAGUUGUCCCCAAAGUUAAUAUUGAAGAAGUGUUUGAGGAAGACGAUGUUGUAGCAAGUUUCAGACAAGAGAAGGAGGAUGAAAUAAAUAAGGAUAAACCUGAGGAAAUCAAUCUUGCCUUACCAGGUUGGGGAUCAUGGGGAGGUAAAGGUAUAAAACCUCAAAGACGAAAGAGGAAUAGGUUUAUCAACAAGCCAGCACCGGUAAUGCCACGUCGCGACGAAAAUAAGGGUGAUAUCAUCAUCAAAGAGCAUAAGAAUCCGAAAUUGGGUGUUCACAAAGUAAAGGAUGUACCAUUUCCCUUUGAAAGUGUAAAGGACUAUGAAGCUUCAAUUAGAGCUCCAUUAGGUAAUACAUUUAUACCUGAGAAAGCUCAUAAGAAACUCAUUCGUCCAAGUGUGAUAACCAAAGCAGGAAAAAUAAUAGAACCUAUGGAUGAAGAUGAAUUAUUACUGCCUAAAAACAAAAGGUUUAGAAAUGAAGCCAUUAUAAAACUUUUAGGGCAAAAGAAAUAAAUGAAAAAUGUAUGAUAAA